AUGUCUCCAGCCCCCCAGAUUCAAAUGAGGUGUAAAAUACGAGCUGGCGGCAGCUGCGUCAUCAUAAACGAGGCAGAGAAGCCCCGCCGCACCGAUUCACAGCCACGAGACGAUGCAUCACCUGCUCCAGAUCUGCAACGCUUCAUUAAAAACGCCGCAGACGCCAACGGAGCGAGCCCGAGGCCCUGGAUCCAAAUACCAACACUGUAA